GAUGGCGGCUAAAAGCACGCAAAGGCGCUAUUCUUAAACACGAUGAUAGCGAUGUCUCUUUAAAUCGCAACAUGGCAGCAGCUACAAGGGGAUCUACGACAAUCAGGGGGUUUGUUGUAGCUCUUCCUCAAGAAAACGACGAUGACAGCGAUGCAGAUGAGAGUGACGAUGACGCCGACUGGCUCGAUUUUGGGGAAAUGUCUGCUAUGGCAGAUGGUGCAUCGUACAUAAAGUUUACAGCAGCCAAAAAAAGAAGAGUGACCAUCAAGUCUGUGACCCAACCCAAGAGAGAAUAUUUCUGUCAAGGCCUGUUCCAACUGAUGGACCCAUGGUGGUUGAUAACAGCCCAGGCCAAGUACAGACAACGAUGCUAUUACAUGAACGGCCAUCCAGAAUAUGAGUUACGUGAAGACAGUGCUGUCACAUCCCACAAACUGGUUGUGCAGUUCCUCACAUCUGCAGGACGCACUCGGGACAAUAUGUCAGACCCUGUGGUUGAUGAUUUGAUCGACUAUUUUGAAGCUAAUGGAAUUGAUAAGAGGUUACAGUUUAAGGAUCUGGAAGAAGAGAUUGAGAAGUAUUUACAGACGCUGGGAGAAGCUGAUCUUGUAUUUGUCAAGAAGACCUUGAACUCAACUAUAUGGCUGUCAGGUCAAGGAAGUGUUAUCCAGUUUGCAACUCGUUAUCCGAAGCUGUUCAAAGUGGCUUCCCAGCUGCUGCCAUGCCACUUCCUGAAGCUGGCGGAGAAGGCUUGUCACAUCAAUGAGAAGAAGCUGCAGCUGUUGGAGGAAGCAACUGAGACCAAACUGUGGGUGUUCGGCUUCAAACAGAUCUUAUACCGAGAAUUCGGGGUGAUGGGCUUGGAGGCACAGCUGCGGUCGUGGGUCAACUCCCGUCUCAUCCACCGCAUCCCAGCUGUACAGAGAGAUGCUCUGUACAUGUACAAUGCUCUCAAGCUGUACGCCAAGAAGAGAGGACACACGUAUGUGAAGGAGAAUGAAUUGAGGAAUAAAUCGGCCACCUUCUUUGAGAAACAUGUCGUACAGAACUGGGAAGAAGCUCUGGCCUUCCUAGACAAGAAUGCUGUAAUAAUCCUUGAGAUUGAGGCUGAUCAUGUUAAGAUAUUCCUCAAGACUAUCUGGUACGCGGAGAGAGACACUGCCAAGGCCUUAACUGCUGUUCUCGAGAAUGGAAGUGGAGAUCCCCUUGAGAUGGAUGUAGAUCUUAGCAGUGAUGACUUUGACAGUACCAGGACAGACAGAGAUCAGUGGACCGCCGUCCACCUGAUGGUCAACUCUCCAAUCACUGUCCUGUCUGGGAAAGGAGGGUGUGGCAAGACAUCCGUCGUCACCAAGCUUCUCAGUCAUGCCUGUGUCCGCAGUGGAAAAGCCCCAAAACCUGAUACAGAACCAAAGGAGGAAGAUCAGAACACCAGCAGAACGCCAUCGAAACUGGACAGAACAAGGCACAUGUCUGGGAUUGGGGACGCAACAUUCACCACAACACAGACAGAGAGUGAAGCCAUGACCAAAGAUGGCAACCAGGACGAGGCAGACACAUACUUGUCCAAAACCGUGCUCGGACAGAAGGUCCUGUUGACCGCUCCAACUGGGAAGGCAGCCAACUUGCUGGGCAGGAAAGCUCAGUUGAAGUCCUGCACCCUCCACAGCGUCAUCAUGAGUUUUAAGAUGUUUUGUAUCAGGAAGAAUGAAAAGAAAGCUAAGGGGGAAGGAGGGGAAGAGUCGACGUGGACUCACGCGGACAAGGAGAUGCUGGUUGUGGAUGAGUGUAGUCUGGUGUCAGUGGGGACUUUCGCCACCGUGUUGAACAUCCUGCUGAAGGAGUGCCACCUGAAGAAGAUCAUCCUGUUGGGGGACGUGAGACAGUUGCCGUCCAUCGAGCCCGGCAACUUCCUGGGGGACAUAUUCACAGUGCUGGCUCCACUCGGGUUUAGUAUCGAGCUGCAGACAAACCAUCGAGCUGAGUCCGAGCUGAUUGUGCAGAACGCGACCAGGAUAGCUGCUCAGAAGAACCCAGUGUUUGACGCCUCAAGAAGGUUUCAUCUGUUGCAGCCGGAGGAAGAGGAUCAACAAGGUCGGGACACUAUUGUACGGACGCUGCUGACCAGAAGCAAAGACCUACAGGACCCCAUCACCUCCCAGUUUGUGGCCUUCACCAGACGAGAUUGCGAGGCAGUGAAUGAACUGUGCUGCAGACACUACAACAAACACUUACUGAAAGCACACACUGGCAAAUUAGACUUCCAACCAGGUGAUAAAGUGUGUAUGACAAGAAAUGGCACAGUAUCUCACCACUUCAAGAAAAUAAAACCAAAAAAAAAGACAGAGGAGGAGAAUGCUGACAAAGCUGAAGGAGAGGAUGCGAGUCCUGGACCACACAACCUUGAGAGAGGACAGACGACAUCUGUGAAACGGAACCUCAACAUGCAACUGGAGGGGAUCACAGCAAGACAAGAUGGCCGCCACGAUGGAUACGGUGUGGGAAAGAUGGAGAGACUCAAUGAAUAUGAUAUAUGUGAUAACAAUAAACCAGGUUCUAGAUACACUGCUCUGAAAAGUCGAGAGAACAAUCAAGACAGGAGCCAUGUUGAGGACCUUGGUGAGGGAGAGGACAUCUUGAACAGUUCCCUGGAGACGUCUGCUGCCUCCCAGACGUACAUGGAGGCACUAGAUGAUCUCAUCAAUGCUGCAGGCAGGGAAGACAGCCAGUUGGAAGAUUCCACAUUUCUCAGUGAUGAUGAUGGUGAUGACCUUGACACUCAGACAGGAAGGUCAAGUCGGCUGAGGACUGAUGCGAGUGGUUUUCUGGAAAUGUUUCAUGGAGAUACAAGGAAAGGUGUAGAUGUGAUCGCAGGGAAGCCUGUGACAAAUCAUGUCAGUGAUAAGAAUGUGACAUUGUCUCAGAACAGAUCUAGCAGUACUAUUGGAAGACAGCUGGCUCCACAAGGGGGAGACAACUCUGUCUCUACCCAUCAACCAGGGGGAGAUAAUUCAAUCUAUGUCCCACCAGCAGGUGUUCCUGAAGCCCAUACUGAAGAAGAGAUAGAUGGCAGCACUCCACAGGAGUCAAUAUCUAAGAGAGAUGUCAAACUCUGCAAUGGCGAGAUCUUCUACGUAGAAAAGGAGCUGUCUAUCUUUGACAACCGUAACAAGGCGAGUCGCUACAUAUUUUUGUGUGACAGAGACGAGGAACGCCCCCGCCGUGUGUGUGCCAACUACAAACAGCUGAUGAAGAGCUGUAAGAUGAAGCAUGCGUGGGUCAGGACUAUACACACAUUCCAGGGCUCUGAAUCUCAGUCAGUGGUGUACAUCCUGAGUCCGAAUAACUUCUACGAGAACUGGCAGCAUGUGUACACAGCCAUCACAAGAGGACGUCAGUCCGUGUACGUAGUGGGGAGCCCUGCAACGCUCAACACCAUCAUCGUGCGCAAGGUGUUCCCCAGGCAGACCACCCUCCAGGUGAAGCUGCAGGACCACCUCCGACCUCGGGAGAAAAUAGUCCAGUCAUGUGUUAGGAACAUCGCUGACAGCUUACGAGGCCACCAGGAGAUGACAGCCAAGGGAGACAAUCCACUCAGUCCAUCAGACGGGGAGAGGUCUCUGUUUGACAGUGAUGACAGUUGGGUGUGCCAGGUCAAUGACUCUUUCGGCCUCAGUCUUGACCAGUCAGACAUGGCCUACAGUACUGAACCACCACUAGAGCAAGGCAAUGUCACGCCGAGCAAGUGCCAUGGGAGUAGUCUCCCUUUGGAAGUCCGACCUUCCACGUCUGGACAAGAGAUGGACAGUCUCAAGCGGAGACAGAAUGAUAACACUGCUGAGUUUAUGUCACCCCCGAAAUGUAAGAAGGCAUCAGAUGAACAGCUGGCAGUGACACCUGUCCGAUCAUCUCUCAGCUCACUGACCCUGUGAUGUGUGUCAUGUAAAGCAGGCCCAGUCGUCUAAGGCGCCAGGAUUUGCUGUGCAGAGUUGCAUCCCUUGGGCACGCCAGAAACCUAUGAUUGUGGGUUCGAAUCCCGGUUCACCCCAGUUAUG